GUCCUCCAACCUUCUUUUUAGUGGCAGGCCCAGAGCAACCUUUGACAGUUAAGCAGGGACAUCUGAAGUACUUAGGAGACCAACUUUCACAAUCCAGUGGUCUGCUAAAAAUUUUCCACAACCUUUAAUACGACGUGCCAUGGCGAUCACGACCCCCACCGUCGGUAAAGACAUGAAGGAGAAAAGGGAGCGCAGUGGUCCUUCCCCUCUUCUCCGUAUAUAUCUUAUUGCCUUCAAUGUUCUCUCUGCACUUGGAUGGGCUUAUGUUUUCGGACUCCUCGUCAUGCAUCUAUUCUCACCUGACCCGCCCACUGCCACCAAACAGGCUCAAUCUCUCAUCUCCUCCGUCACCGCCUUUUUUUCUUCGGUCCCCUCCCUUCUUUCCCGCAACCUGCCCUUUCUCCGCACAAUGGCCCACGCGCACACUAACACCCCGUCUGUCUACCUUGCUGAUUCUCUCUUGUAUUCGAUACCCAAGGCCCUCCACCCCCGUAUCCGUACUGCAUGUGCGGCGACGUUCAGAUGGGUUGCCCCUGUACAGACACUUGCAGUGCUCGAAGUGGUUCACGCGCUUUUCGGGCUUGUGAGAUCGCCCUUGGUUACCACCGGGAUGCAAGUUGCUAGUCGCCUGAUUUUGGUCUGGGGGGUUGCAGGUGUCGUCGAGAGUACCCAUACCAACCCAUUCUACACAACCAUGCUUUUUGCUUGGUGCCUCACUGAAGUCCCGAGAUACACGUUUUACGCUCUCUCUCUGCUACCUCCCUCUCUUGUCCCGUCCUCUACGUGGCCUCCUUACUUCCUUCUGUACAUCCGUUACACCACCUUUUAUGUGCUCUACCCCCUUGGCGCGGGAUCCGAAGCGUUCAUUAUGCUCGCUUCUGUCCCUGAUUGGGCUAAGCAGGGGUGGAAGCUCUGGACUCUUGGUGAUUGGACAAGGGCUAUUUUGUUCUUCGUUUGGUGGCCUUCGCUCUAUGUGUUAUACACUCACAUGAUGAAGCAACGCCGAAGGAUCUUGGGUGCUGGGAAGGGCCAAACUUUGGGUGCAAAGCCCAAAGCCAAAGUUCAGUGAGAAAAUAUGGGCUAGGGGGUUUCAUAUUAGAGAGAUGUAGGAUGGUGCUGGUAGGUGAAAAUCACGCUCAAAAAUAAAAAUAAAAAGAAAGAAAAGAGGAAUAUGCGAGCUCAUGCCUUCUAUUGGCAAGAGAGCUUAGUCAAACUAGAUACCUACAACGUUUCGCUGCUUUACGACUUUAUACUGACUUGUUUGAAAUUCUACUCUUAACGUGGGUCGAUUGUGAAUAGUUUACCUUCUGCUGUUUAAUUUCUGGGUUUACUUCGUAGAAUCUGAUUUUACUAUCAGUGCUAUGUCACGUGUAUUCAU